AUGGCUUCUUUUCUCUUCUGGUUUACCCUGUGCCCCGCCUCCCAGAGGCAAGAAGUUGUUGACUUUGAGAAACUGGAUGAGUCUGCUGCUGCCUUCCAAGGCCACGAUGUUGGAUUCUGCUGCCUGGGCACGACCAGAGGCAAAGCUGGAGCGGAUGGACUGAUCCGCGUCGACAGAGAUUACGUUUACCAUUCGGCGAGAUUAGCCAAAGCUGGUGGAUGCCGCCAUUUCGUCUUACUCUCAGCCAUGGGUGCAAAUCCCUCCAGCCGCUUCUUCCUCAUGCAGGUUAAGGCUGAAGCAGAGUCCAGGGUCAAAACAGUUAGGUUUGACCGCUGCUCCAUAUUUAGACCAGCGUUGCUGCUGUGCGAUCGUCAGGAGUCUCGUCCUGCUGAGUGGAUUGCCAGGCAAGUCCUUGGAGCAGUAGCCUACGUCUUUCCCACAUUUUGCUCUGUCUCCACAGUGACUGUGGCCCGGGCAAUGGUGAACAACGUGGUAAUGCCAGGACCUGAUAAUCAGAAGGUGGAAAUUCUAGAGAAUGCAGAUAUACAUGCCCUAGGAAACAUUAAAUAGUUGGGAGGCUUGUUCCUGAGUGAUAGGGAUGGUGGAAAGCACCCUCUCCGUCCCAAGGCCCCAGUCUUGCCUAUCUUUCCUUUUCCAAAGAGACCACCCAUCAAACAGUGAGGGGACUUCCAUAUAUCCUUGAAACUGUUCUGUCUUUCAAUGGUAACACAGCAAACCACCCAAUUCCCCAUGGCCACCAUUUUGAAUAAUUCUACCGGCUUGCCCACAAUGCUCUGGUGCCAGGGGGUCAGGCAAGGCAGGGUCAUUCAGUCCAAGAUCAGGGUUUCAGAAGUCAGGCAAGGUCGAGUUAUUCGGUCCAAGGUCAAGUUCCAAGAAUCAGGCAAGGCAGAGUCAGUGGCUUAGCAUCUAACGUACACACUGCAUUCGCACCUAACUGCCUUUCUUGGCUGGUUUUAUAGCCACCCACCUAAGGGUCAGGCUGGCAGCUGGCUUUAUUUUGAUUUAUUUUAAUUCAUUUUUACAUCGUUUCUGCUCAAUCGUCGUGGCGCCAUUUUGUGAUGACCACACGACUGCCUUUUGCAAUGCACUCUGGGAAGCCACAAUGGGCUGUAAGUUCCCAAUAAAUGAACCUGGGGCAAACUUAGACAGUUGCAUCAUCUGCACAUGUGAUGUUAUACACCCUUGCAGGGAAAAUGUUGUAUGAGAAGUGGCUGCACAAAUCAGGCAAUCGUGCGGAUACAGGGUGAACUUGCAGGAUGUGAACAUCUCCUACCGUAUUAGCUCUACUAUAGCUGUGAUACAGUAAAAAACUAUCUGACAUUUCAGACAGAACCAUUUUAGUAACGGUUCCCU